AAAUGUGUAUCAAUUUCAUAAGUGGUCAAAACUCUACAUUUGCUAGAGAUGAGAGGGUUAGAGCAAGAGUGCUUUGACGGCAGUGGAUCAUGCGGCAGAGGGACGGCACAGCACUGGGAGAGAUUCAGAAAUAGAGGAAAGAACCGACUUGUGUAUGAGGGAAUUAAUGCACGAGAGAACCGACUUGUGUAUGAGGGAAUUAAUGCACGAGAGAUCAGUUCUAGGAAACCAGACAUUUGGGGUUAUGAUCGACGAGUAUACAACCAGGCAACUAUGUUCUUCUUCACCAACUUCCCUGAAGACUGGAAACAUGAAAGCAUGUGGCAAACUUUCCGUAAAUAUGGAAGAGUUUUGGACAUCUACAGCCCUUUCAAGAAAUCAAGAAUGGGGAGCAGAUUUGGGUUUGUCAGAUUUCUGGACAUAAGAAAUGAGUGCGAAUUAGAGCAUCAACUGGAACAAAUUUGGGUUGGGGAGUUUAAACUAUGGGUCAAUAGACCAAGAUUCAAAGGGAAAGAAAGUAUCAAAAGAUCAAAUCAAGGGCACAGGGAGAAAGAAGGAGUAAGAGUGCAGAGAACUUAUGUUGAAGUGGUGAAAGGAAAACUUGAAUCUGGGGCAGCAACUAAGAAUGGGAAGCAAGUAAAGAGAGAGAAGGAACACUGUGGUUCACAGAUAUCAAACCAUGGAAUACAGCAAUGGUUGCAAGGGAGAGAUUUGUUUGGCUUCGGUGCCAAAGGGUUCCAGUUCAUGCUUGGGGUAUUGAGUGGAUCGGACGAUGUUAGCUUAGAAACUUGGUCGUUAGCCAACGGAUUGGAAGAUGAAUUAAGUGAUGCGUUUCUAGGCGGUGGCAGUUCAAAAAACAGUUGGAACACAACCGCCGAGAAGAAGGAUGGCGAUGACGUGGAGGCAGAGGAAGAGGUGAGGAAGGAAGUCGAAACCAGGGAGGAACGAUCACAUUAUCGUUGGAAGCAAGAUGAGGGAAUCCAAUGGGCCUUUAGAAAUGCUAAACCCAGUGGAGUGCCCAAGCCGAAUGAGAGUAGGAAAGUAUCAAAUGAGCGAGGAAUGAAGGAGAUAAUGUCGAAAUUUUCUCUUGGAUCCCAUAAUCGAGUCGCAAGUGAAUCAGUCACUGAUAGUGGUAUUGAAAACAAGAAUGAGAGUCUACACAGAGGUGCAGAGCUUUAUAUUGCAGAGAAGAUUUGGGCAUUUGCAAGGGAAAUUGGAGUUGGAGACUAUGGCAACAAAACAGAGCGGGGGUUGAAGAGAUUGAAGUCAGAUCAUUGCCCAAUUUUGAUGAAAAAUAGUACAAUUGAUUGGGGCCCUAAACCAUUCCAUUUCUUUGAUGUGUGGCUUGAUUCACCAGGGUGUAAAGAACUAGUGGACGAGGUGUGGAGUUCAACAGUAAUUUCAUAUUGGUAUGGUUACCGACUAAAGGAAAAGUUAAAGGCAACGAAGAAAGCUUUGAAACUAUGGAGUAGAAAUAUGGUUUCAAAGACAGACUCUAACAUUAAAAGAUGUGAGGGCUCCAUUACUGCUAUUGACUUAAAAGGUGAAGCGGCUCCUUUGUCUGAAGAAGAUGUACAAUUAAGGAGAAAUAGUUUUGUGGAAUUAUGGAAACAUCAAAAAACAAAAGAGAGCAUGUGGUGCCAAAAAGCCAGGAAGACAUGGAUCAAAGAUGGGGAUGCUAACACGAAGUUCUUCCAUAGGGCAAUGCGGGACUUAAUCAAAGGUGAUGUGAUGGGUUUUGCAAAUGAUUUUCACAAAAAUGGGAGAUUGGUCAAAGGAGUUAACAGUUCAUUCAUUGCGUUGAUAUCUAAAGUUAAUAACCCCCAAAAAAUUGAGGAGUUCAAGCCCACAUUCUUAAUCGGAGUAAUGUACAAGGUGAUCGCAAAGCUCAUCACAAAUAGAAUCAGCUCAAUUCUGGAUAGCAUCAUUGGAGAAAGUCAAAUGGCUUUUAUUAGAGGAAGGCAAAUGGUUGAUAGCAUUGUAAUUGCCAAUGAAACAAUUGAUGCAGCAAAGAGAAAUAAGAAGGCUAGCUUUGUGUCAAAUUGGACUUCGAGAAGGCAUAUGAUAAGAUUGUGUGGUGAUAACAUCGAAGACGCCAAUUAUCUUGUCCUUCACUGCAAAGUUGCUUUUUCAGUAAAGAGCAAAUGUGCACAAUGGUGGAGGUUCAUUUCAGUUCAACCGGAGACUUGCCAUGAAGAUUUUGAACAACAUAAGCCCCCUGCUAAAGACCCUUUAGUGAGAGCUGGGUGGGACGUGAUAUGGUUCUCCACUAGAUGGUCCUUAUGGAUGGCAAGGAAUGCAAAGAGUUUCAAAAAUCAAGAAUAUGAUGUAGAUAGAACGUUUGAGCUUGUACAACUAAGAGCUUUCAUCUGGAUUAAGGGCAAAACAACAAGAUAUUCCUUCAGUUUGCACGAUUGCAUGUUGGAACCAGUCUUAAGUCUUAAGGAUAAAAGAGGUAAACAACAUACCUCAAUUUGAUGGUUUGCGAAUUUUCCUAUUAUUGUCACUGAGCAAUUAGUUGACUUUGGCUGUUUUGUUUGCUAGUAUAUGAUUCUUGUGUGAUUAAGUUAGCUAAAGCCAGUGGAUGCUCAGGGACUGUUUUCUUUUGUAAUUAAGGGCAGAGGUACCCCUUGUACUCCAGUAAAUAAAAUUCUUUGACUGUG